AUGAGCCGCCGUAUAGGGGCUGUCAAAUCUCGAUCCGGGUGCAAAACCUGCAAAAUCCGAAGAGUCAAAUGUGACGAGGAGAAGCCAAGUUGCCUUCGCUGCUCUACUACAGGACGGAAAUGUGAAUAUGAGGACAGAGGAUUAUCUCCGUGGGCUGCCUCGCCAUUCGCCUUUACACCAGGCCACGCACUAUCGUCUCAAAAUGCAGGGAGACGAGAACGUCGCGCAUUUGAAUAUUACUUCCAACAUGUGUCCCAGCAUCUCGCAGGUGGAAUGCAUGUAGAAUUCUGGACAGGGGUUGUUCCGCAGAUCUGCCGCAGUGAGCCCGCUGUGUGGGAUGCAAUGAUUGCAAUUAGCGCAUUGUACGAAAAUCCGAAGCAGUGCGUGCACUUUCAUUUUUUGAGAGAUCGUCGAAAUAAAGAAGCAUGUUUUCUGAACAAUGCCCAGCAGGAUGCAUUGACUUGGUACUCGCGGUCAAUCUCUAGCGUUUCUUCGCAGAUCCAGCGAGGCAGCGCAGAUCCAUACAUUGCACUCAUCAGCUGCGCACUAUUUAUCUGCGUGGAGACAAUCCAAGGACAUAUGGAACAAGCCUUGGAGCUCUACCGACAGGGUAUCGCUUUGAUACUUGAUCUCCGUGCCAAAAUUGGCCAUGGAGGAGUAUCUGCGAGUAAGGCUCUUCUGUUGGAACGCAGUAUUAUUCCCUUAUUUCUCCGACUGGGCACAUGUUCCCUGACCAUUUCAGGGGCUCAGUUUCCUAUUGAACUUUUCGGCUUUGUAGAAACAGACAUGAGCGUUGGUUUCGCAUCUGUCGAUUCGGCAAGAACCAUUAUGUCCGCCCUAGCCGCAGAAGUUAUCCUCUUUGAGCGCGAGGCGAACCUACACCUCAGGGUAGUUGGCACCGAGUCCGCUAUAAGCCCAGAAAUGGUCGCGAAAAAAGGAGCGCUCCGAGCCCGUCUCGCUGAGUGGCAUCGGGCAUACACCAAUCUUUGCCAAAACAACAGCUCCUUACCCGUUGACCCCAUAUGCCCAGAGCCUAUCCUGUUCACAUAUCAUGCUGCUGCUUUGAUUUGUGUGACAGGAUGUUUAAGGCAACAGGAAACCGUUUUCGAUGUCCAUUUUGCAGACUUUGUUACUAUCGUCGAGCAGUCUAGGUUGAUCCUUGAUGCCUCAGCGGGUCCAAAUGAGGCCCAGCCAGCAUUCACCUUUGAGAUGAGUGUGGGUGUCCCCCUCGCCAUGACUGUGUUGAGAUGUCGUGAUCCAGGCUUGCGGCGAAAGGCUUUGGAUCUAUUGCGACUAGCGCCUCCAAUACAAGGGUUUUUCAAAUGUGCCCCCGUGGCUCUUUUGUCAGAAGUGUUGAUGAAGCUGGAGGAGGGCUAUAGCCCUGCCCUGGGGCAAGAAAACACAGUUGCGCUUUCUCACAAAGUUCUCGACAACAAUCCCGUAACAACGCAUGAGGCCACUGGGUCACAAGCAGCACUUAUCCCUGAAGAGGCUCGUAUACGUGACUAUAGUAUCUUCAGGCCGAAUGAGUGGCAACCUCCGUGGAUCACUGAGGAAGAUAUUGCAACGUUUCCACAUGGUCCGAACCGACUAUAUCUAGGAUUUUCAAGAAACAAAUACGACAAGGAAAGCAGCACUUGGCAGCCGACUUUUCAAUGCAUACCGUUGGAGGCCGGUUUUUGA